ACAGCCACACCAGCGCGUACUGGUGCCUUGUAAAUUGAGGAUAUGUUCUCGGAACGACGGAAACGUGUUCAAAAUGGCCGGAAACGCGUCAAAAACGCCAGAAACUUAUUAGUAAAUAAAUCAAAUACGUGGGGGCAAUAGUGACUUCAGACUUGUGUUGAGUUAAUCUGGUUUUAGCUUACACUGUGACACAACCUCAUCUCCUUUCUUGCAAGUUACAAACCCACCGGAAAAAAAUCAUUCUCUUCUUCUCUGAGAAAGCUGCUCUCUGUGUAAACCACUGAACAAUCCCAAUGUUUGGUUCGUUAAGGAUAGCUUCCCAGAAUCAAAGAAAGCAGCCGAAGCAAGAAAGAGAAUGGUUGAACUUGAGUUUUAAGCCAGAGAAUUUCCUUCCAGGAGUUGUCAUUGGCUUCAUUCUUGGCUUGUUGUUGGAUUUAUCGCAACCUGGUAAGGGUUCAUUAAGGUUAAAGAGGAAAAAUUUCUCAGAGGGUAAGCCCCAGCAGCGGAGUUUGGUCUCGAGUAAUGGUGAUGAAGAGCUUAAAAUGGUUCUUGUAGUUAGACGAGACUUGAAGAUGACAACCGGAAAAAUUGCAUCUCAGUGUGCUCAUGCCGCCACUGGCAUGUAUGCAGAACUGAUGCAAAGUCAUAGGUCACUUUUGAGACAAUGGGAGCAAAAUGGGCAGCCCAAAAUAGUGGUUACAUGCAAGAGUCAACAAGAAAUGAAUAAGCUGAAAGAAGCAGCUGAUGGCAUUGGCCUUCCAACAUUUGUUGUCGCAGAUGCAGGGCGAACACAGGUUGCCAGUGGCUCAAAGACAGUUCUUGCCGUUGGACCUGGACCAAAAGAAUUGGUGGAUUCAGUGACAGGGAAACAGGGCCUCCUCUGAAGUUGUAGAAAACUAGAAACUUAGGGCUAUUACCUGCCACACCAGUGCCCUUAAAUCUUCUCUGAUUAAACCGUUAAAUGCAGUAAAGUUGAAGUUUGAUUUCACCAUUUCGUGAAGCUGUGGCCUAAUGCCUUUUUCCUAGUGUUACAAGGAAGAAGCUUUUCUAAUUCCAUUAUAUAGACGUAACCUCCUGCCAAUAGGGUAGAUAGGUCAGAAAGCUGGAUGUAUGUAUCUUUUAACUUUCCAUUGUUCUGAUUCAGAUCAUCAGAUGUAUGUUGAACAUAUUGUAUAUUUUGUAUUAAUGUAUUAGAAGGAGCAUGAUUUGUAAUUUUGCAAACCGAAACUGAAGCAAUCGAGUGCCCAAGUCACAAUGUCAAAAACUCAAAAUGGAUCAAAG